AUGGAUGGCUACAAGAGUCAGGAAACUGUCGCGGUUGGAUACAGGAACUGGGAUGUUGGGAUGAGGAACAUUACCAACAGAAAGCUAGCACACGAACCAAUAACCGAUACCAGCUACAUCCGGUUUUCCGAUUCCAGAUGGACCGACCUAGAAAACCCAAUCAGCCUUGACUUUGAUGCUUGGCCAGGAGUUGUUCAGGUGGUAGUUCGAGUGUACGACCACGACGACAACGCGAUUGAUGGUGUUGAUGCCCAGCUGGUUGACAUCAUGCGGUUUGACGUCACAGAUGGUGCAUACGGUCCAGAUUUCAUCUAUCAAGAAAUAGAAGGUGAACGACCGGGGAAGAAAUCAGAUUUGGAAGUCGUGUUCCGAUUUGACUGUGGAAUGCUGUAUACUGGAAGGCAGUGCGACAACAAGUGUACGACAGAAUCACAACUCGACUGUACGGCAUCGGAAACUAUACCUCCUAUUUCAGCCGACUGCUUUGGAUUAACGACUGAUUCUUCAUCAGCACAGUCAAGUACGACAACUCUCAGUUCCGAAAAUACAUCGGACUUAACGACAUCGGUGUCAACAAAACACGCAAUAUCUUCUACCACUGAAACAACUACUGCGAUCAACAGAUCAACAGCGGUGAUUUCGACUUUUGAAUCUUCUUCGAUCUCUUCACAUCAUUCAAAGUUAACAACAGAGAUAACUCUCUCAACUAGUACCCAACAACUAACGCCGGAAAUGACGCCACCACCUCGUCUGCAUACUCUUAAGAAGCAGACGACAGUUUCUACCGAUGCAACCACACUGGAUCCGCCAUCAUUUUCACCAACAUUAGGUUCUCCGUUUCUAAUUCCUGAGAUGAAUGACUGGAAAAUUAUCCUGGGCUGUGUUUUAGGCGGAGUGGCUCUAGCAGCAAUUAUAGGAUAUUUGAUAUUUUUCAACAGACAAAAGUCACUGUUGAAGCGGAAGGAAAUUUACAGUGUAACACCAGAGAUGCUGAGUAUUGUGGAGGAGAAUGGAAUUACCGUGAGGAGCGACAUCCCAUUUGAAACAAACUCGACAUCCACGUAA